AUGGGCAGUACAGAAAACAAGGAAGAACAGAUGGCUGGACAGGGAGGUAAUAUCUGGGCAUCAAACAUCGAUUUCCUGUUUCCAGAAGAACGAAGAGGAUGGAGCGACUUCAAUGCUCGAAUGAAUAAUACUGUGAAAAGUAAUGCGUCCGCUUUUAAUGUCGGCAUCAUCUAUACGUUUGGAGAUUCAGUGAUGUCACCGGAAUUCGUCUUCUUCGUAUCGGCGCUUGUUGCUUUCACCGUUCGAUAUGCCGCUGUAUUCUGGUAUACAAACAAAGCUCUUUCAUUCACAUUCGCUUUUCAGUUGCUUUUCAUGAGCGUGGAAUCAAUUUUCGCCUACACAGGGUUUUCUAUACUUUACAAAGUGACAAUAAAUUAUUCUAUUUACAACCAUAACCUAUCGUUGGCUCUAGGUCCAGGCGGUACGUUAGUCCUGUACUUGUUUGGCGGGACCAUUGUCCUUCUGUCAACAAUUACCGUCUUCUACUACGGCUCCUAUCAUUUUCAUGAAAAAUUCCGACUAGUCGACCGGAAACACAAUCCCGAAAAGUACGUUCGACAUAAGCGGAACUACAAAGGUCCCUGUAACGGGUAUGUGUCUCAUUCAUGUGCAGUCGGCACCCUGGUACUUCUUGCAAUAUUUAAGGGUCCAAUCCUUUAUGACCUGGUUUCAAUCUACAGGCUCACGAGUGACAACCUCGUUCUGACGUGUGUCGUUAUUGAUGUAGCAUAUAUGAUAUGCUGGAUUUGCUUGUGGACGCUACUUACAAUAAAGGAACAAUGGCUGUUCCGAAUACUAGAUUACGCAAAUGUAGGCGAACCGAUAUUUGUUAUAAAGAGUGACAGUUUGUUAAGAACGCCAUCCAUUUCUAUUGGUUCUAUUGAACUGAAAGACAUCCAAAUGACACGUGGAAAGCGACCGAGUUCGAUUCCAAGUUGUGACAUUACCGCAAGUGAGAGUGGAUUCGAUGAAUUCGAGACAGCCCCUUCAGAGGAAGAAGAGCGAUUCGAACUCUCCCUGCCAACUGUAAGUGAGAACCCGGAUGCAUGUGAUGAUGACAGCAAUAGUGUGAUAAUGAGACGCUCGCGAAAUAGACGUAGCGGUGCCCAACGUGUGACAUUUCACGAAACCGUCCGGCGGUCGAGUGACAACCUGCUUCGCUGUCAGUCACCACACGAAGGAGACACACGUGUUAAUGUUACAGCCGACGUGCAUGCAGGAAGUAGAAAGGGGAUGGUUUCUCCUUUCCGUCGGAGUUUGUCCGACAUAGAUACCUGCCGAGCGGUGUCACCCGCUAACAAUAAAAGUUCUAGUUUACCAAGGUUUCAGCAUUCUAAACAGAGAGAGGAUUUCAAGGAACCGCUCUUAGAAACAGCAAAAAAAGUUAAUCCUGAUUCACAGAAUCACGAAAUUGUUUUAACGUCUGCGUCGGGUUCAGAAUCAGAAACAAAAUUACAAAGUACUAGCAAUAAACCUCCACGGCCUCAGAGCAGUGGGGACGGAGUACGCCAGCCCCCAGUAGUGAUUAAUUACAAACCGUCAAAUAUCGACACAGCCGAACAACGUGACAAACUGGAUAAACAGAGUCGGUUCAAAUCGGCAGACAAGGUUCACCCUAAGGAUUCUAGGCUGACUAUUAGGGAUCUGAAGGACCCAAGUACCAACAACGAAGUCAAAGUCAAGCUUUUAAAUGACAAAGACUAUAACGAAAUAGGCGGUGAGAAACAGCCAGACAUUGUUCCAAAAGAUAACUCAAACCAUCUUUAUCCCAAACCUGUUCAAACUUUAAGUAGCGGGAAAUCUGAUAUUUCUCGGAGAGAUUCUGCAAAUUAUUCCAUGACGUCAUCACAAGACAAUUCCUCCAACGAUUCCGACCACGGUCUUCACCACUCGCGCGCCCUCUGCAGUCAAAACAAGGCUAGAUAGAUGGCAAAGAUCAACACAUCCAACCACUGACGUCAACAAUUAUCUGCGCAUACAAAGGAGAAAGAAGAGGAUGAACGUGUCAACCUCAAUUUAAGGCAUAUUGUUCAUUAUCAGUCAUUAUCUAGAAUAACAUGAUCACCAGAGAGCGUAAGUUAUGAAGGAUUAGGAUGUGAUAUUUACAACGUUUACUCAAUACACAGUAGAAGAUAAACCAGAACGAUUGAAUUUUAGUUUAAAAAUAUUUAUUUGUUUUAAAAUGCUGAUUUCUACCAAAACCAAAAUACAAUGACAUGACUCAGCCAAUUAGAAAAAAAGUAUUCACUGAAAGAUUUUUUUCAUUCAUUUAUGAUUGACUUCGAAAAUUAUGGCAACGUCUCGUCAUGACAGGUAGCAUGAUGUGACAUUAAUAUAAGUGAGGCGGAAUAUCCUUGUCUUUUUUAAAAUAUAAAUUUCCUAAGAAUUUUUCAUAGAAUAAACUGAAAAUGUGAAAAAUGGUAUAUAAGUACUGGUAUCUCGUUUACGACAAUAUUGGAACCCCUUGAAUUUGAUAACUUGUGCAAAUGGAAUAUCUUAAAAUAAAAUCUAACCCCUUACCUGCUACCUUUCGGAAAUCUUGUUCGUCAUAUACAUGUAUGUGUGAUUGAAUUGUGUUGUGCCGUGCUGUACUAAGACACAGCCGAAUUGUCGUUAGUUCUUAUUUGUUGUGCCAUUCCAAUGCAUUGAUUUACAAAAAGAAAAUCAAUUGAAAAACGUACGGAAAGUUUUCAGAUGGAUUUUAAGACGAGCGAGUAUGAUAUCCAAGGUCUGGUUCGUUUCAUGAUUUAUAAUGAUCGUUUGCGAACAUAAUUUCAUGAUUAAUCAUUCAAAGAAUGAAAUUAAUCUGAAUCGAAUUACGGAAAGACAUGAAUCUAUGAGAAGCAAUUCGUCCGGAAAAAGAGUAACAGUAGAAGUGAUCAUUAAUAAACAUAAUACUUUAUACUAUUAAAAGAAGGAACCAAAUACACAAGUAUCCCUGUAGGAUCCCUCUGUAUCACGUGGUGCUAAACCUCCCCUGUGUGAGACUUGCAUAGAAAUUAAUUGCUUAUACAACAGAUGUUCAUGAUUUAUGUAAAUAUCCAUGACGUAGCUAAUUAUGUUUAUGUGUAUAUAUGUUUAUUUGUAUGAUGUUGCAAUUUGUAUAAAGACAACCAUACUAGCAAUACAGAGUUAGUUAUUCGUAGGCUAGGAUGCGACUAUAUAUGUACUGACAAGGAGAUGAGAUAAACUUUUAAAAAAAACCGCA